GUUAAUAUUAUACUUGGACAUCUAUCUACAACGUCUAACAUGUCUAGCCGUCCUUCUUCUUCAGCGGCUCAUCCACCAGCUCCAGCUCCUACCGUCCCUCAAGCCAUACACCAACUCGCUAUCCCCAAUCCCACUCUGAUAGAUUCUCAUCUCCCAACAUACCUCCUUCCAUGUGUCUAUGACGUCUUGCGUCAAUCCACAGCUCAUGCCAUAGCUAAGAAGCGCAAAGCGGAACAAGAUUUGGUAGAUGAAGGCUUGAUAACAUUCUCCUCUCUGUCGCUGGAAAAGGGGAAAGGUAAGGCUGAGGUGGAAGAGGGUGUGGUAGAUGAGGAAUUGACCAAGAGAUUGGAGAGGAUAGGUUUGAUGGUCGGGGGGUAUAUCGCGGAAAAGUUGACAUUGGCUCGACCACCAUUAGCAUCACAACUAGAUGUGAUCAAGUUUAUUUGUAAAGAUUUAUUCUUGUUUGUAUAUAGCAAACAGAUUGAUAAUCUUCGAACGAAUCAUCGAGGAGUGUUCGUACUACAAUCUCAUAUAUUUCCUCCUCUAGCUUCCUUGUCAUCUCACAAAGGUCAAGCUCAUGAUCAAUCCAUUGCCCCUAUGCACUUAGUCUUUCCUCAAGCUCUGAUACAAGGUGCUCUUGCAAGAUUAGGUCUUCCAUGUUAUGUCACAGCCGAAUCUUCGACUUUACCUCAAUGUACAUUCCAAAUCCGGACUGUUAAAUCUACUCAACCUCCCACUCCUGAAACUCAAUCGGGUACACCUACCACUGCUGAUACCGCUGCCAAGGAUGGACCAGAAGAUUCUGUAAAGACUCAAAUGGGAGGUACAGGGUUAGGUAUAACAGGUGCACCGGUUUCAUGA